UUAGUCUUCCCACUAGAGGCAAUAAUUAUAUCUCCUCCACCAAUUCCCGCAGAAAAUUCUUCCAGAUGUAUCAUGUGUUGAUGAUCAAAGUAGGAUGAAAAUGAUGUAGCUAGAGAGAAAUAUUUUCAAAGGGAAAGGAAACGAGAGUGGCUCAAUGGAUAGAGACAAAAAGAGGGUGAAAAUGGAGAAGGAAGAUGAUGAAGAAGAAAAGAUGGAGAAGUUGUACACCGUGCUUAAAAACGCAAGGGAAAUGCGGAAAUAUGUCAUCAGCUCCAUGGAGAAGAAGAGACAGGAAGAAGAAGAAAGAGCAAGGGUUCGUAGAUUCCCUUCGUUUCAGCCAGAGGAUUUCAUUUUCAUGAAUGAAGCAGAGGGCAACAACAUCGAAAAAGCAGCUAAUGAGAGCUCUUCAGCAUCCAACGAGUAUGAUGGCUCAAAGGAAAAGCAAGAAGGAUCUGAGACAAACGUUUGUUUCGACUUGAAUCUUUCUCUGUAGUAUACAAGAGACAAAGAGCUCUUCAGUUUCUGUACAAGCAACAAAGAAUGUUAGUAACUAUGUAUGUACCAAAAACAAAUGUGACAUGGAAUUCUAGUUUUGCUUGAAGAGUGAUCAUCACUUCUUAUUAA